UCUGCUCCGCGCUCCGCGCCGCUCCCGCCCCGGACCCCGGACCCCCGGUUCCCCGGUUCCUCCAGCCCCCCCGCCCCCCCGACCCCCCCCAGCCCCGGCCCCGGUGGAUGCCCCAGCCAGCGCCGCGACCAUGACGGGCAUCGCCGCCGCCUCUUUCUUCUCCAACUGCUGCAGGUUCGCGGGCUGCGGGCUGCAGUUCGAGUCGCUGGCCGAGCUCAUCGUGCACAUCGAGGACAGCCACAUCGACACGGAUCCGCGGGUCUUGGAGAAGCAGGAGCAACAGCAGCCCACUUAUCUGGCCCUGAGCUACAUCAACAGGUUCAUGACUGACGCGGCGCGCCGGGAGCAAGAAACCCUGAAGAAGAAGGCCACACCCAAGCUGUCCCUGUCCAUCACGGGCGGAAUGUCCAGGAGCAGCACGGCCACGCCUCCUCGCCACACCAGCGGUAACCUGACGCCUCCCGUCACGCCCCCCAUCACCCCUUCCUCCUCAUUCCGCAGCAGCACACCCACAGGCAGCGAGUAUGAUGAGGAGGAAGUAGACUACGAGGAGUCGGACAGCGAUGAGUCGUGGACCACAGAAAGCGCCAUCAGCUCUGAGUCCAUCCUCAGCUCCAUGUGCAUGAAUGGGGGAGAGGAGAAGCCGUUCGCCUGCCCUGUCCCCGGGUGCAAGAAGAGAUACAAGAAUGUGAACGGUAUCAAAUACCACGCCAAGAACGGCCACCGCACUCAGAUCCGCGUGAGGAAGCCCUUCAAGUGUCGCUGUGGCAAGAGCUACAAGACGUCGCAGGGGCUGAGACACCACACCAUCAACUUCCACCCCCCCGUCUCUACGGAGAUGCUGCGCAAGAUCCAAGGCUAGAAGCCGCGGCCACAGAAGGCGCCUGCCCCCAAACAUAGCCCUGUCCUGACUUUCUUUACCCUUCUACACACUAAAGGAUCAAGUGCAUGCUUUAAGUUUGUUUUUAUUGUUAUUUUCCUGUCACCUCUUUUGUUUAUGUUACUUAUUUUUUUUUCUACUUGUUAUAUCACUUUGAAAAAGAGUUAUCGUUGUAGUAUUUUUUAUUGAUGUACAUUUGCACAUUCGUAUAUGCUAUCAUUUUAUUAUAUUUCAUAUUGUUUGACUUACAUAAGGUGCUAACUGUAAAAAAAAAAACAAAAAACAAAAAAAAACUCCAAGAAAAGACAAAAAAAAAAAGAACAGAGGGAAAGAAGAGAUUAAUCAGGAAGCGUGACAGCUCCUGCUCGUCUCCCGCUCGUCUCGGAGAAGCUUUCUGCUGCGUUUUUCUGCUCCCUGUCCGCUGAGGUCUGUGCCUUCCACGUCUGUCACGGGAGUCUAAGAGAAAGAGUUAAGUUAUACUUUAACAGAUAUAUUGAUAUAUAAACAAUAGACAGAUAUGUAAGUGUACAUAAAAACAAAUAUAAAAGUAUUCAUGAGCAUAUCCAUAAAUAGUUACACUUUAUUUUCAAGCUUUAUUUUAUAUAUAUUUUGUCAGUGUUUUAGAGUUAGUGUUUUUUAUGUAUCAGUAAGUGUUCCUUUUUGUUUAUUUGCUGAGAUGGCCAGUUUUGUUGUUUUUAAAACAAAAAAAAGAGACUGAUUUGAGCAUUAAAGGGGAGAUUUUCUUACAUGAGGAGCCGAAGCCGCGAGCGUCUGCCGCGCGUCCUCGUUCAGACUCGGCUGCUUCAGCAUCAAUCCGGAUUCAAGUUGCCAAGACGAUUGUUUUGUUGUGUCUGUUGUCUCGAUCCUUUCCAACAGCUCUCCACUGCCAAACAUUGACCAUACCAUGUGCCUGAUGGGGGUGGGGUGGGGUCGGGGGGGGGUCACCUAACGUGUGACAGUAAUUCCUUGAGCAGAAUGUUUUCAUGUAAACGAGAUCGUCUACAACUUGUCAUUUGUGUGUGUGUGUGUGCGUGCGUGUGUGUGUGUUUUUACACGGCAGCAUUCCAGUGAAUUGUUUUGUAUUUCCAGCAGCGUCCCAGUCAUCAGCCUAGAGAGUAUUGUUGUAUCUGUGUGCUACAGUGCUUGAAUGUCUCAUGCGUCUGUGCCGGGCUGCUGGUUCGACUCCCAUGUGUCAUGGUUCACUAUGAUGGUCCAUCUUCAUUUUUUUCUCCCUCGUACCAGAGUUUAUAGUGCUCUGAAAGCUCAGAGACGCCCUCCCGUCCUCCAGUUUACUUCUGGGUUGUCACACCUUGCGUGGGCAGAGAUUAUAACCGUUAAAGGGUGGCCACCACACACCUGCUGGGGGGGAAAGGAAUCAUAAUAGCAGCUUCUGAGAUGCCCGAGUCCGUUCUGAGGUUACAGGUGUGAAGUCUUUCUUAGGAUGGAGAGACUGCGGGCUCAGUCAUCCUCGCUUCACAAACACUGCCAGCACCAUGGCGAUGGUUUGUGCUGUUUUGAAGUAUUAUCACAAAUCGGAGAAGAGUUUUUCAGGAGGAGCGGAUGAGGGAGGGACUUCAAUAUACCAUGUACAGUGAAUGUAUUGUAACGUGCGUCUGUUGUCAAGUGCUUUUAAAUUAUAUUUUCAUAUGUAACGUGGAGACCAACGUUUCCUUUUUGUAUGGGGGUUAAACAAGUUCAGAGAAGAGUGAUUUGUAAAUUACGUCAAACCGUCUUUCUUUAUAAAAGUAAGCUGCUUAAAUGUAAACAAGAAAUGACUGACAUUAAAAGAAAAAAACAGCAAAAUAAAGUAAAAUAUUCUGCAGCU